ACACCAAACACAUCCGCCGCAAACUCCCAGAUCCUCCCCUCGAGCGCCGCAGCGAGCCCGAGCCCGAGAAGCCGACGAGAAGGAAGGGAGAGGGGAAGCCGACCGCCGCCGAGUCCCACUUCUCCAGCCCGAGAGAUCCUUCUUCUCGUUCGUCUGUCUCCAUGGCUGCCUCGACCAAGACCGUCGCCGUGCUCCUCGCCGUGGUGCUCCUCGCGCUGGUCGCGUCCGCGGCGGCCAGCAGGAAGCUGGAGGAGGACGCGCUCCUGGGAAGCCUGGCUCUGGCCCCGGCCCCCGCGCCGGCCGUGGGCGGUGCCGCGGGGCUCGCUGGCGCCAUACCGGGGACGUGGGCCGUCGCAGCCCUGGUGUCUCUCAUCGCCUUCCUCGCCAACUGAGGGGGCUCUGCGGCGAGGGAUGGAGGGAAGAAUCCUGCGAUCUGGAUUGCUGGGAGAGGGGGAAUAUUUAUGUUCGUUCUGUUUGUUCUACUAGGCUAUUGGUUCCAGUGCUGCUGACCUCUCUUUUGCCUGUAUAAGAGAGGAUUAUGCUUUUUUUUAAUAAUAUACCAUUUAUUUGUUAUUCUUUUAUAAUAUCUAUUCUUUGUGUUGA